AGAUGUCUGGGCAAGCUUGCGUCGCAGGCUGAGGUUUGUUAGGCGGCCAACUUAAACAAUCCAGUUAAUUCAUCGCCUCGGCCACGAAGACGCCCUAUUAUUCUCAAGACCUCAAAUACGAUAGAUCAAGGCCGAACGAAUUACUACGAACGAGAAUCAAGAUGGAGGGUCUUCUCUACAACGUCAACGGCGGCUACGUCGAAGGUAUUGUCCGAGGCUACCGCAACGGUCUUCUCACAGGCGCUGCCUACAAUAACUUGACUCAAUGCGAGACGAUCGAUGAUCUCAAGCUUCAGCUUGGUCCUUCCUACGGUGACUUCCUCGCUUCCCUACCACCUAACCCCUCGACUUCAGCCCUCGCAGCCAAGACGACCGACAAGCUCAUCUCAGAAUUCCGAUAUGUGCGCGCUCAAGCUGUCGGCUCCCUUGCUACCUUUAUGGACUACGUCACCUACGGCUACAUGAUCGACAACGUCGCCCUUCUCAUCACAGGGACCCUUCAUGAGCGGGAUACUCGUGAGCUUCUUGAGCGAUGCCAUCCUCUGGGAUGGUUCGAGACCAUGCCUGUUCUCUGCGUUGCUACAAACAUCGAGGAACUUUACAACAGUGUGCUUAUCGAAACCCCUCUCGCCCCAUACUUCAAGGGCAGCCUUAGCCACCAGGAUCUCGACGAGUUGAAUAUCGAGAUUGUCCGAAACACACUCUACAAGAACUACCUUGAGGACUUUUACAACUUUGUCAAUACCCACCCUGAGAUGGCUGGAACACCUACUGCUGAGGUCAUGUCUGAGAUUCUCGAGUUCGAGGCUGACCGCCGAGCCAUCAACAUCACACUCAACUCUUUCGGCACAGAUCUUUCCAAGCAAGACCGUAACAAGCUCUACCCCAACUUCGGCAAGUUGUACCCUGAAGGAACUCUCAUGCUCUCUCGAGCUGAGGACCCUGAAGGUGUUCGCCUGGCUGUUGAUGGUGUUCAUGACUACAAGUCUUUCUUUGAUGCCAUCUCAGUUGGCGGCGGUCCCUCAGGGCCUGGAAACAUGGGCGGAGGCGCUGGCGAGACCAAGACCCUGGAGGAUAUGUUCUACCAGAAGGAGAUGGAGAUUUCCAAGAACGCUUUCACCAGGCAGUUCACUCACGCCAUUGUCUACGCUUGGGUGAAGCUCCGAGAACAGGAAAUCCGCAACAUUACCUGGAUUGCCGAAUGCAUAGCUCAGAACCAGAAAGAGCGCAUCGGCAACUACAUCAGCGUCUUUUAAAUCGAGUAUGAGUAUUGGCAUCGUUUUCAUUUUUAGCAGGAUUUUGUGUAGUAUAGCAGCAACUGAGCUCGUAAUGGCACGGAUUAGUUCCCACACUGGCGCAAAGGACAGAUAGGUAGAUGCAAAAGGCGG